UUUCUUUCCACAGGAGUCCUACUACAGUUUCCUCGACCUUCCUCUUUCUUUUAUAGACACAGACAUAGAGGAAGCAAAUAACUGCACUGCCCUGUUAGUGAAAACUCAUCUCCAACAUCAAGCUUCAAAAACUUUGAGUGGAAGAAAAGCAGUGUUAUAAAUGGUGAUUGGGCUCUAAUUAGCAAUUGGAAGUAUGUUUAUUACAGUGGAACAGGUUUUUAUAAGCCAAGCUGAUAAUUACAAUCAAUUGACUAAUAAACUCACAACAUGAUCAUAAACUGGUGAACACCUACAUUAUACUUUUUUUAUUCAAACCAUGGCAGAACAAGAGUUCAGAAAUGAAGGAGCCAAAGAUGACAGACAAGAGACUGAGCCUCUUAAGGCCUUUUGAAGUCCUCACAGAGAACUUGGAACCUUAAAUGACUGUGACUUCCCUGAGCCCCAAGAAGAAUACUGCUGUGUCCUGAGGAACUCUGUACUGUACACACUAGAAUCCAGCUUUGGGUCCAACUCAUCCCAUUCUAUUGUUCUGAACUUUAUCAACAGGGCAGUCCUUGGUAAAAGAGUCUUAGAAUGAUAUAAUUAGACCCAUCAGGCACAUCUGCAUAUGUUCUUCACCCCACAGCAUGUAUGUUUCUGCCUUCUGAUUCUAGCCAAGAUGCUGUUCCUACAUCUUGCCUUCGAAGCUGAUCCAGUCUUGAUCUAAGACCGAAAAGUCUUAAAAAGAUGGAAUCAUCUGCCUGCUACUCCCUGGAUGUUUAAUUAUUCCACCUUACAUAGGAAUUUGGAUUCAUCCAUGUAUCUGUGAAAGGUCACAAUUCGGGUUUGCAGCAAAAAUGCUUUCAGAACAGACAGCAGCCCUGGGUACAGGAUGGGAGUCAAUGAAUGUCCAGCUGGAUAGAACACAGCCCCAGGUGGAAAGGGGAAGCCAGGAAGAGGGGCCAUGGAGAACAGCUCCAGGGCCAUUGGAGCACCUGUGCUGUGACCUUGAAGAGGAGCCACAGUCCCUUCAGGAGAAGGCUCAGUCCACUCCCUGGGUUCCUGCCAUUCCCCAGGAAGGGAGCACUGGAGAUUGGGAGAUGGCAGCUGCACUUCUUGCAGCAGGAUCACAGGGCCUGGUAACCAUCAAGGAUGUAUCACUGUGCUUCUCUCAGGAGGAGUGGCGGAGCCUGGACCCUUCUCAGACAGACUUCUAUGGAGAAUAUGUCAUGCAGGAAAACUGUGGGAUAGUGGUGUCUCUGAGAUUUCCAAUUCCCAAACUGGAUAUGCUUUCUCAACUAGAAGGAGGGGAAGAACAAUGGGUCCCCGAACCCCCAGACUUAGAAGAGAGGGACAUUCUGAAGGUCACAUACACAGGAGAUGGAAGUGAGCACGAGGGGGAUACCCCUGAACUAGAAGCAGAGCCUCCUAGAAUGUUAUCUAGUGUGUCUGAAAAUACUGUUCUCUGGAACCCAGCGCAGGAUGUGAACUGGGAUUCCAUGCCCAGAAGCUCCAGAGGCAUGCUCCUGGGCCCACCUUUUCUUCAGGAAGAUAGCUUCUCAAACCUGUGUAGCACAGAAAUGGAUUCCCUGUUAAGACCACACACGUGCCCGCAGUGUGGUAAACAGUUUGUGUGGGGCUCCCACCUGGCCAGGCACCAGCAGACACACACCGGGGAGAGGCCCUACAGCUGCCUCAAGUGUGAGAAGAGCUUUGGGAGAAGACAUCACCUGAUCCGACACCAGAAAACCCACCUACAUGACAAGCCCAGCAGGUGCCCUGAGUGUGGCAAGAAUUUCCGAUGCAACUCCCAUCUAGCCAGCCACCAGAGAGUGCAUGCAGAUGGCAAAUCCUGCAAGGGCCAAGAGGCUGGAGAGAGCCCUGGGGCUAGGAAGCGGCAGCGCGCGCCACCCGUGCCCAAGUGCCACGUGUGCACCGAGUGUGGGAAGAGCUUUGGCCGGCGGCACCACCUGGUGAGACACUGGCUGACACACACCGGGGAGAAGCCCUUCCAGUGCCCGCGCUGUGAGAAGAGCUUCGGCCGUAAACACCACCUGGACAGGCACCUGCUGACCCACCAGGGACAGAGUCCCCGGAGCAGCUGGGACAGAGGGACAGCUGUCUUUUGAAAUCUAUUUCUGCUGCAGCUGUAGUCACAUCUGUCAGCCGGUGCUACCAGGGGUCUCUGCCAGAGCUGCCCCUCUCCUGCACCCCCAUGGUCAGAAUCACGAGUCCUGGCCCCAUCCCUACAGAGAUGCCGUUCCAGCAUUAGCCGGAGCCUUUCUCCCCAGUUCUGUGAGAGGCCACAUAAAGUAGAGUUCUUUGGGCAAAACUUUUGGGAAACGCUGCUUACUGGGUGGGCUGAUAUUCAGCCUGAUCCCGUUCUCCAGGGUACAGUGGUACCAGCAGUUUGUGGCUAAGGCCCGUUCUGAUUGGUUGAAACCUGUGCCAUACCAGUUGUUAAAUAUUUUGAGUAUCACCCUUCUAUAACGUAACUAUUCUCUCUCUAUAUAUAUAUAGAGAGAGAAAACACAUACUAGCUUAUUAAAGGCUCGAAAAUUUAUGCAUUAGAGCAAAUGGUUAAGCCUUUCUUACUGCAGUGUUUCCUAAAUUUAGUUGACCUCAGUAUCCUUUCUGUCUCGCAUCUCACAGAACUGGUGACUCCUUGAACCACACUGGUGAACACUGGGUUAGAGAGGAAUAAGGAAACAGGAGAGAGAGAGUGAUCAGGCACCCAGAGCCCCCUUUUUUAUCCAAAUGAAAGCUGAGGGGCAGACCUCAUUCCUGUGUGGGCCCAUCACCCCUACUCCAGUCAUCUGAAUAUACAUCCACACCUCUCACCCCACCUGCUGAAAAACAAAGAGUAACCUUCUCACCCCCUGUUCCUGCUCCCUUCACCCUGCAUAUACAUAUAUCUAGCUGAGAGAUCGCACUACAGUGUUAAGAGAUGGACCUUAUACCCCCAGGUAACCCAGGCCCACACAGAAGAAAAAUACUUUAUUCCCUUGAACAGACCCCUCUCCUCUUGACAGUGUCUGUAUGUGUCUGUGUGUCUGUGUGCAGGGUCUUUGAAGAGAGCAUGCAAAGUACAAACUGUAUAAGCUAGAUUUUCUAGGGGCUAUAUUCUGGGGAUGAGGGUAGUGGGAAUUGUAUGGGGUUUUUGGUUUGGUUUGUUUCAAGGUAAUAAGCAAGCUGAGAGAUUCAGGGAGCCCUAGUAAAAAGGCUUAAGUUUUGGGGGUUGAGGUAUACAGCCUUCCCCAGUAUCACUGAGAUCAAGACAACUUGGGUAUGUAAGUCUAGGUCUGAAUCUCUGGGCCACAGAUUGUUUUUGCCUAAGUGGAGAGAGAGACAUCCUCUGUGAGGUGAGCUAUGUCUUAUUAAUUUCAAGUCAGGUGCAUAUAGCAGCUUUGUGCUGAGUGGGUUUUGGGGUCUUGUCUUAAGUAGUGAGAAGUUACGGCAGGAGUCACAGUGCUUGCAGGUUGUUGUCAACACUCUUGUCUGACCUUGAUUGCCUCAUCAAGGGGCAGAGUCAUUCUUUCGGAUCUCAUUCCCCUAAAUAGAACUUUAGGGAAAAUGGCUGUGACUUAACUAUGCUGCUGAUGCAGGGUAAUGAGCUUUCUGGUUGGUUCUCCUCCCAGUUCUGGGAAAAUGUCUGCACUGACUCUUAACAUGCAUAAGUAUUCUAGCAUCUGUUAAUGCAUUGGUCAUUGUUUCUCUUUAUUGAUGAUGUGUUAAUACCAGUCUUAUAAUUUAAAAAUUACCUUGUAUGUAAGAAUAGCUUGUGGGUAGGGAGGGAGAAAAGCAAAGAAGAUGGAAGUGGGAUAUUUUCUCUUUAAUGCUUAGAUUGUGGUUUUUCCUUAACACACUUGUUUCUCAACCACAGUUGGUGGAAUUAACCAGAAAGACAAGAGGAAGUGAGCUGCAACAAUCUAGUUUAAUGGCUUUUCCACUUGCUUAGGAAAAACUGAGUGAAUCAUAGCUCCUCAGAGUCCUGGGCCCAAAUGGAGUCGAUAAUAGAGUCAUUUUACUGACUGGGCUUCUUACAGUGGAUAUAAGUUGAGCAAUCCAGCCCCUACCUCCCUUCUGCUCAGGGCAGCCUUCCCAUUUUGCCUAGAAUGCACUUCUCUUGCUUACGUUCCUAUGAAUAGAGCAAAAUGGCCAGCCAUUUGUAAGGCAUCCUUGUCCCAGGUCCUCUGAGACAGGAGCAUUUUAGGAUCAGUAUUGAGACACACCCCAGGGCAUAGAAAAAUACUGGAUUCCAUUGGCAAAACUGAAUGAUGCCAUUUCUUUUACCUUCUACUAUGCCUCAUACAUUAACACAAUCAGCUCUAUGUGAGCAUCGUCCAGAACCUGUUUUGGAUCACAGACCCUUUUGAGAACCUGAUAAAAAACAGAAACUCACUUUUGAGAAGAAAAGACAUUGGUAGUUCACUCACAUUUAGCAGGGUCAGAGCCCAUCCAUGGAAUCACUAAAUGGGGGUCAAAGAGAGGGAGUUACCCUGAUCCGAUAUGGUCAUUAUAUAUUUGUGUCAAGAAUUACACGGCAAGGAUCUCUAAACAUUUUAAGGACUAAGAUACCAGAUGCAGUAGGAUAUCAGGAGAGUGUUCAGUCUUUAAUGAUUUGAAAGGUAUUGCUUACACUCUGUGCUUUCUUAAAAAUUUAUAUGACUUGCUGACAAAUCCAGUUUCUCACAAACCUUUUUUUUUUAAAGACUUGUAUGAGGUGAGCCUCCAUACCGUCAGAUCACACCUCUUCAAAAACCAGGCAUUAACCUCCAGCCUUUGAUCUCUUGUAAUUUUGAGGGAAAAUGAAGCCCCCAAAGUGUAGGUGUGCUCAGCAUUGUGGAAUCUAAGGGCAUUUGGCAGAAGGGACAUCCCUUUAGGUCAUUUCUACUGUACCACUGUCUUCUCUACCUCUGUCCAACACCACUUCCCUCGGACAAAAAAUAAAGUAAGCGACAGCCAUCAGCUGUAUAAAGAGAUUUGAGUGAUUUUUCCCUCAGGGAAAACUCCCAUCUUCCUCCUAACUCCCUCUGCCACGUGUCUACCCUACCCUACCCCCUUUAAAUAAAAAAAUGUCUCCGUGUUCUCUGGACAAGAUG